AUGUCGGAGCCAGGGACGGAGGGGAGGGUGCUGGUAAACAGGGAGGUUGCAAUUAAUUGUACCGUACAGCACCAGCAAGGCACAGCGGGCAAAUCUGAGAUGAAGGAGGGAGUCCCUGUAAAUGGUCGGAAGAAGACGAAGCAGCCGAGGAUGGAGGCGCAAGUUAUUUAUUUUUAUUAUUUUUAUUAUUUUUUACUUUUUUAUUUUUCUUUAUUUUUCCCACUUUGGCGGAACUGGCGAACGGGUCACAAGGGACGCUGGAUCAAGAGAGUCAAAAAAGCGUCGCGAUCAGCACUAGGUUCUCGAAACCAGUAUGUCGCAGGAGUUGUCCAAGACGCGUUAAGUUCAGCAAAAGAGCACACAGCAGCUGGAGUCCCCGCCUCCUCCAAGAGCGCACAUCCGAAUCCGACACGGGGCUCACCAAUCGACGGCCGUGUUGCAGACAAGGGCCACAGGUGGAGGGCAGGUCGGCAGCCGGGGCGCCAGUUGGGGAGGGUGUGUUGGGCGGGUGGUGAUUGGGGACUGGCGCAGAGGAACCCACGCAAGGAACAGGCCGAGCGACCAGUUGCUGCGAGGACGAGGAGUGACUGGUUGUGA